ACAGAGGAUUGAGGAUGAAGACAGUCUGGCUGUUCCUCAUCACCCUGGCUGUGACCCUGGGCCCAGCCUACACACUCCGCUGUCAUGUGUGUACCAACACCAGCAACUGCAAGCAGCCCCAGUCCUGCCCUAGCAGCUCCCGCUACUGCAAGACCGUGACUUCAGUGGAGUCUCUGGCAGGGAACCUGGUGAAGAAGACCUGUGAGGACUCAUGCAUACCUUCCCACAGCCAGCAGGGCCACCAGGUCAGCAGUGGCGCAGAGUCAACACAAUGCUGCCAGGAAGACCUGUGCAAUGUGGGGCUGAACAGUGCUACAUCAGCUGGUGCCUCUCUCAACAGCAUGUUGGGCCUAGUGCUGAUCCUUACCCUGGGAUUCUUUAACCUCCUCUUGGCUGCCAAUCUGUAACCCCUUUCCCUUUCAUUCCCUCUUUUAUCACAUGGGGCUGCUAAAGCCAGAGACUCCCUACAGGCUGGGGACCAGUCCUGGUGGGCACAGGAUAUCUCUCGAGACAAAAGGAGUGGCCAGGCAGGCAGUAUGGGGGCAAAGUACAGACAUCGUUCAGAUUCCCCCUCCUGAAUUUUCUACUUAUGUUAAAU